UACAGGUUCCAACAAAAUGCCAGACAAAUUGAUCAAAUUAGGACAAGAACAAGUUGAUAAGAUUGUAAAGAAAACAUCUAAUAUGGAUGAAGCAAUAAAGUUAGGAAGGCUGUCGGAACUGCGGCGGCAUAUUGGCAUAAAACGUUUGCCAAAUACAAAUGACAUUAAUCAUUCCAAAGUCCCUCAACAUGCAUUAUCAACUAUUAAGGGAUCCAAGGCGAAUACUAAUUUAAAUAACGUAGCAAAGACUGAACCAGUUGUUAGAUCUACAAUGGAUAUAAAUCUUGACCAGAGUAUGUCAAAAUCAAUUGAAGAAGCAUUAUUUUACCAGCCAUUAAGAAUAUCUCAGCCAAAGAAAGAGGAAAUUGUUAAAAGUAAAAGCAAUGUUGCUUCAUCAUUUAUCAAUGAAGAGUGCAGUGAUUCUUCUAUCUUGAAGGUCAGUACUUCAGUUCAAAGCGAAGCCUCUUCAACUUAUGGUCAUGACGUGGAUGAUCUAUCCAUAGUACCAUCGGCAAUAACAAACCUACAAUCUAUGCCACUUGCUAAACCGUUGAAACAAUUGAAUUGCGUAAAUGUUCAAUCACCUUUUAAAAUUGCAUCCUUAAAAGAUGCUCAGCUACAUCAAAAAAAAGAACUGUUUUACAAGACUACUGGACAUAAUUCUAAAAGUAAUGCUCUUGAAGCUCAAAGAAUUAACGAAAUCAAAAAGCAAGUAAUUAAAUUGAAUGACGACUUUGUUAUGGAUGUUGCACUUCUAAGAAAGAAAGUUGAUAGAGUCUGCAUCUAUUUUAAUAUUGUAGAGCAAGAGUAUAUGAAAACUGAAAAAAAAUUUGUAAAGUCCAAGCUGAAUUUACGUAAAGCUGUUGAAAAACAAGAACUCUUGGCUGAACAUUUGGGCGCAAUUAUCACAUGUAAUGAAACUCAUAAAGUUGAAAAGCUCACCAACUUCGUGGAAAAAACAGAUUUCACCAAUCGUACUAGUAAUGUGCGGAAUUCUUCUCCCAAAAUCAAACUCUAAUUAUUACUUAUCUAAAACAUUACGAUUUAUGCAUUAAUUUGUACUGCCUAAAAAAUGCUUUAAUUUCAGGUCAAGAAUCGCCUUAUCCUCACUCUAUGUGCCCUGCGAAUGACGGACGAAAGACAAUUAAUUGGAUCGUCAAAUUGUAGAAUAGAUAUAAAUUAGCUCAAUGUCUUCUUUUUAGUCUAAGAAUUUAUUUCA